AACUCUUGGAAUACAGUAGCCUAUGAUGUAAUGUAGUGCUUGGUGAUGUCACACACUAAUGUGAUGAAACAAAUGGUACAGUCGUGCAUCCYAUGCAUUUUCACUCAGUGAGAGUGGUCAGGUGUUACAGUGUUCGUUGUCUCCUCAGGAUCACAGAGUUGGCAGCCCACGCCUUCUCGGCCCUCACCAACCUGCGCUUCCUGGACCUCAGUGGAAACCAGCUGGCCCUCAUCCAUCCAGAGGCCCUCAGCAUCCCUGGCAGUCCUCUUCAAGAGCUCAACCUGAGCCACUCGCUGRACAACUUCACCGCCCUGACGGACCUCGCCACUGCCCUGCGAUGGGGCGGCCUCUGGGGGCUCCUCCGACUCGACCUCUCAAGAAACCAUCUGGCCCUGCUGCCCCCUGGGAUGUUCUCCCACGUUCCCAACCUGCAGCAGCUCUUCCUCUCUAACAACUCACUGGUGGCUGUGUACAGCGGGACCUUCUCGGGCAUGGAUCGCCUGGAGGUGCUGGACCUGACGCGCAAUGCCUUUGGGACAUUCGGGACUGAUGCGCUGCAGGAGCUGGAGAGGCUCGGGAACGUAAGGAUCCUCCUGGGUCACAACCCGUACACCUGCUCUUGCGAGAGCCGUGAUUUUGUGGCUUGGCUGAACGAGUCGAGAGUCAGGGUGGACGUGGACGCCAUCAGAUGUGUGUCGCCAGAAGGAUUAACCAACAUCCUUCUGCAAGGACUCACUGUCCAGGCCAUUGGUUGUGUUGCUCCGGUCKUCUCUGAUGUGGCUGACCUCACCCUGCAGACGUCCUACGUCUUCCUGGGGUUGGUGCUGGGCUUUGUGGGCAUGGUUUUCCUGUUUGUGCUCUACCUGAAUCGCAACGGCAUGAAGAAAUGGAUCAUAGAGACAAGAGACGCGUGCCGGGACGUCCUGGAGGGGUACCACUACCGGUAUGAGAUUGACUCGGACCCUCGCUUGGGGCGCAUCACAACAGAGACUGGCAGGCCGCAAAGGCACAAAGGACCGGCUCGGUCACAGCAGUUGCCAAAUGACACCUGUAUUGUUCAAGAGCCCACAGAAACACAAACCAAACAGGUGCUGACUUCCCCGCCCCCYUGUUAACUCCUGGUUAUUGAGUGUAAAAUAUGAGGUAAGUGUGUUUUCCUAUAAAUAUAAUGCAGUUACCUUUAAAUAUCUCCUUAAAAGUGCCUUUCUGUUGUUCAGGCACUGGAACAUGAUCUGUGAACUGUUUUUGUGUGAUUUUUUUUUGGUAUCAGCAUGGUAUUGUUUGUCUGUUUGACAAGAUUUUUUGUAAAGUUGUGAUGAAAGGAAAUACUUAACUAAAAUGUUUUUAACUUAAAAAAAUGUCAUGUCCUACUGAAGUAGUAGCCUAACUUUGGCAAUGAGUUAAGCUGGUGGGUAGGUUUAAAUGUCUGCAUCAAUUUUUCAUUCUCCAAUUCUCCAUUCCUCCAUACUGUUUAUCCAACGCAUCAUUUUCACUGGAUUUGAGACCAUUUUUCAAAGGUUUUUAAUUAAGUAAAAGCACGUGCAGAUUCAAUCAUUUACCCUAAACAGUUCAAUCAGUCAACUAAUCUAAAUCAACUUAACACAGCUUAACGUUUUAAUGAAGAUUAAAUUGAGUUCAAACAAUCAGAGUAGAUCAAUCAGUCAU